AUGCUGUCUUUAUCAGAUAAUGUCCUGGGGUUGCGCACAGGAGAUACGUUUCCAAAUAAGUGUUUAGGUGAAAUAUUUUUUGAGACUUUGAGAACAGGCAGUUCAGAGGAUGUAACAAUGAGAUUUGACAACUUGGUGCCUCGUCAAAUCUACGAAAUGACAGAAUCUGGAGGAGGAACGAUUAUUAUGCCUCCAAAACAUGUAAAACCGAGAAGUGUUGGUAAAGUAGUCAUGGGAUGUGACGUUAAAAUUAUUGAUCCUGAAUCACAGAAGAGACCUACACUGGACAGAAUGUUCGCUUCGACGUCACAAAGAAAUGAUGAUGGUUUGCGGGCGUCUUACAAUAUCUCGUUACUUAUAGCAAAAUCCGGAAAACCGCAUACUAUCGGAGAGAAGUUAAGUUUGCUAGCCGUUGGAGAGGUCUUAAAAACUGUUUUACGCAAACCUGCAUCUGAUAUCAUUAAAAGAAUUCCCUUAAGCAACAAUACUGUUGAAAGACGUAUUGAUGAAAUGAGUUCUGAUAUUGAAAGCUUCUUAUAA